AUGGAGAGUAGUCACCGGCGACCAACGCUUUUUGAGCAAAUGACAGCCGUCGAUAACGGCCGGACCACUCUGGCCGCCGCUUUGACUCUCGAUACCAUUUUGGGAAACGCUAAUGAGCGGCCCCAAACUCCGCCGUCUAACAAUCGUACGCUUCUGGAGAUUAUACUAGACGAUGGGUCCAACAAGGACAAGAAGAGUUGGAAAGCGUUUCGAGACAAGAUCCGGCUCAAGAGGCCGGCCUCUGCUUGGUCCUCCUCGAUCCUUGUUCCGGAUUCUGAUGAUAAUGUCCAUAGUGAUAGAUCUCAGUUAUCGAGGAGCGGUUCGUUUCGUUCUGACCAGGAUGGCUCGACUCGGGUUGAUGAUGGAGGGGAACGUGCCCCGGUUUCUGAUCCGCCGGUUAUGAACUCUCUCUUGCAAUUGGCGCGGAUGGAUUUGGUUCGGGUUGGGCACAAUCCGGUGCAGCUGUCUCGAGAUGAUUCGGCUGAUGUUAGCAUGCCUAGUGACGCUCCGCCGUCUAGAAGCUUCCGGCCAGAAACAAACCGUGAUGAUCCGAAUCGUUUUCCUUCCUCGAUCACCGCCGUAAACUACAUUGACAGCAGCGAUGACGAUGACUCUCCUCUGACUCGUCAUGGCACUCGCCGACUGGCAGCGAUAUUGGCGGAGGAAAGGGCAUUGUCUUCGAGAGAAGCAGCAGAAGCGAGCGCUUCGGCAGCGGCGGAACAAGCUGAAGAGGCCGUGAAUAAUGUUCCGCCAGCGACGGAGGAGACGGUAAGAAUGUCACUAAUGGAAUUGUUGGAAGAAACAACCCAACAAAUGGGGCUGAUGGGAACGAGUUACCUCAUGAGCGACGGUGACAAGUUCGACGAAGAGGAGGCUGUGGAGGAAGAGGAAGAUGCAGCGGAAGAAACCACGGGGCGGGCGGAGCAGGCUUGUUGUGUUUGCAUGGUUAGGCAAAAAGGGGCGGCGUUUAUUCCAUGCGGGCAUACAUUUUGCCGCGUCUGUUCAAGGGAGCUCUGGGUUCAGCGAGGCAACUGCCCACUUUGCAAUGCCUCCAUCUUAGAAAUUCUUGAUAUCUUUUAA